AGCCAGAAGACUGCUGACAAGACCGAUGGAAAGACUUCAAAAGAGUCCACCCCUCGCCACCACUAUGAGCGCACUACAGGUUCAGCAGAGGAGGGUCUUUUGAUCACUUCGCCUUCACGUGACAAGCUUGAACCAUUCAUCCCCGAUGAUUGGUCCACCCGACGCUCAUCACGAAGGACUCCACCAAUCACAAGUCCCGUCAAAGAUGGCCCCAGCAGACGAAGGUCCAAUCGUGCCUCCUCCGUCGUCAGACCAACCCCCACCAGGGACUGUAGGUCCGCAGUAGGAGGCCGGUCCGUAAGCGUUGGCCCAGAGAACCGCUCACCGAAGCGCACCUCCCGCCCACCCUCCACUCAUGCCACUGCCCCCACGACCAAGCCGGAACGACGCCCACGACCAACGUCCCUCUCCACUAGUGCUCGCCGCAAGGGUACUGACGCUUUGCCCCACCGCCCUUCCUCCCACGAUGAUGGUAGCGUGCCUAAGAAAGCCUCUAAAGCUAAGACUCAUGACCACACUGCUUCGCCUAGGAAGGGUGAGGACAAGAGCAAAGUGGAGAAAAAACAGAUUAGUGAGGAAACUGACUCUAAGAAGGACAAAGAGAAGGAGAUUGUGCCCAAGGAUGGACCCAAGGACAUUGCGAAGGAUGGAGUUAAAGACAGCCCCAAGGAACCCGUUGAGGCUGUGAAGGAGUCCAGCGCAAGGAAGUCGACCCCCGAGCCCAGAUUCGACCCCGAGAAGUACGAACCAGUGGUCAAGACUCCCCCAGAGCCUACCCGAGUCAAGUCACCAGACCAGGUUGGUAAAUGGAUGAUGGUGAAGAGCCCUGACCCAGUCAACUGGACCGUUCCCCUGGAUACCGGCAAGACCUUCACUGUGACGCACAACAUCCCAGAAGCCACUCACUGUUUGAGAAUACCGAGAGGUGAAUCAGCACGUGGAACACCUUCUUCCGAGUACCGCCAUGUGUUGGAGUCACGUACUCGCCAGACACCCGAACCCACCAAGCUGAACCAAGGUUCACUUGCAGGCACUCCUGUGUCUGCCAUUGCCUCUGAAGCCAAGUCCCACACUCAGGAGCCCUUCAAGCCUACCACUGCCACAACCGUAGAUCCUAAGACUGAAGAAAAGCCAGUUGAGAAGAAGCAGGAGGCAAAACCAACAGAUAUCAUCAAGCACGCUGAACCAAAACCCGUAGAGACUAAGACCCCAGAAGUGAAACCAGAACAGAAGCUGGAACAGAAGCCAGAGCAGAAGCCUACAGAAGCCAAGGCCCCAGAACCAAAGCCCACUGAAACCAAGGCACCAGAGCCUGUUUCAGCUGAGGUGAAACCAGCUGACACCAAAGUCCCAGAGACUAAGCCAGCUGAUGUGAAGGCACCUGACACAAAGCCUGUAGAAACAAAGGCACCAGAGCCAAAACCAGCUGAAGCCAAGUUGCCACAGACAUUUGAAAAGGAAAAGUCAGAACCACAGCUCUCUGAUAUCAAAGCCUUUGAGCCUAUGAAGAAGGAACAGACCCCUGAGCCAAAGAAGUCAGAGCCUCAGCCCCUCCAGCAGCCGCAGCCUACACCACUGGCCCAGCAACCGCAGGCACCACCAAGUCCAACUGCACCUAAACAGGCUUCCCCUGUGGAAGACGUUCUUCCUGCUUCAGGUGCGGUUGAUCCUAUGACAAUGUCCAUGUUUGGCUCCCUCAAUGGCAUGAAUGGCAAGAGCUCAGGUACACCAUCUCCUACCAAGCCUGAGGUGCCCCUUCCCUCUGAACCUGCAAAGGAUACCAGUUCAGCUGAAUCAAAGCCUGUUGGUGUCCGCAGUGUCCCCGGCACUAACCUUAGGUGCCUCGACGAUCCUUCCUUCAUGUUUGACAAGCCAUCUGUAGGUACAACUAACUCCCCCAAGACUGGUUCAUACAAGGUACUUGAUGCUCCAACUGAACCACAGCAGCCAAAGAGUGCUGGUUACCGUGUAUUAGAAGCCCCAGGAGGUCCUUCUGAGGUUAAGGAUGCUCCUGAGCAGUCUCCCACAAAGCCAGAGCCCCCUGUUAAGCCUUCACCUUACAGGGUGCUUGAAGCUCCUCUUGAUCCCCCAACCAAGCCCAAGGGCUCCCCUUACCGUGUACUGGAGGCUCCAGAUGCCCCUUACUACCCCCAGCCACAGAGUGUAGGUGCAGCACAGGAGUCUAAGCCCCCUUCCCUUGUCUCCCCGUCUUCCGGUAGGACGGUAACUGAUGCACUAGACAAGGCCCGUGCCCGUUUUGAUUCCUUCUGGGGGGGCGCAAAAGAUAAAGAUCCUCCCAGCAAAGUCUAGGUGCCCAAAUCCAAUAGCCAUGUUCCAAUUUCAAGUGAGAUAUCUAUGAAGAUAGUUUGCUACAUGAACAGUUACUAAAUUUGUAGGUAACAAUAACUAAUUUUUUUGGUGCAUCUUCAUGGAUAUUUCUAAUAAGCCGAAGGAUGAGCUGUUAACAACCAUUCCAUGCAGAUUUUGGUGAUGUAGAAAAUUUAUGCCACUGUCAAUGACCCCACAUUCAUGCUGGGUUCUUGGUCAACAGCACAUCUUCGGUAUAUGAAAUGUUGAGAAACCCACAGGCCAUCAAUUCAGCCAGAUGUUUAAUCGCAAUACUCAUACUAUUUUUGUUAGUUGUCAUAGAUGCUAUUUAACUCUUUCUGGACUUCACUCAAGGCUACGCAGUAUAGUAUUUCCUGUGGGUUUUUCUUAUACGAAGCACUUGCUAGUAGGCUAAGAAUGUGAGAUUGUUUAUAAUAUGACCGAUAAGGUCCAUUUUAGUUUCUAUAUGUUUAGCUUUUAUUGAAAAUGUGAGAAUGAAAGGCAAGCCAGAGUCAUGGUGUUUGCAGGGAAUGCCAAGUGUGACCAGAGAUUCAGAUAAUUUAUCUUGUUACAACCAUUCAACUUGUCAUCUGUUUACGGUGGCUCAUUACAUUAUCUCAGAGAACUGGAACACUGCCAGAACUCCCAAGUGUGAAGUUUUGGAGUGUAAGUGUCAUAUUUGUUGAAAGAAAUGAAAUAUACUAAUGAUGCAACACACUUGUGUAGAACUUUUAAAAAUGCUGAUUUACAUUUUGGAUGAACUUGUCUUAAACUUUGAGGAAAUUAUGGGUAUUCUCUGAAGUUUAACAAAUUGAUAUCAGCUGAGAGUACUGUAUUCUGGACCUUCAGAGUAAAAUGUGUGGCUGAAUUGACAGAUAUUGUUUGAAUGAACAUAUGUUAUGUUAGGAAAUAUUAAAGUAAAAAAAAAAAAAA